AUGGAAGAGUCUCAUGCGGGAUAUAUUGAAGAAUGUCGCAAGGCUGAACGGUUGCGACCAGUACAUACACCGGGUACGCGUGGCAUAGUGUCCACGGCGGGGGCUUCCUAUUUCCCCGUGUUCUUGUCCUCUUUGCGAAUGCUUCGACGACUGGGGUCCACAUUGCCGGUGGAGGUGUAUAUGAAGGAUAAAAGUGAAUAUGAAAAACAGAUCUGUGAUGACAUCCUCCCGGAUUUGGGAGCGCGCUGUCUUGUCCUCUCGGACAUUGUUGGCAAGGGUGCCAUUGAGCAUUAUCAGCUCAAGAUUUUUGCGGUUUUAUUCUCCUCCUUCGAGGAGGUCAUCUGGAUGGACGCGGACUGCUUUCCGCUCCACAAGCCUGAAGUUUUGCUUGAGUCGGAACCAUUCACCUCCAAGGGGUUAGUCACAUGGCCGGACUUUUGGAUUUCCUCGGCGUCCCCGCUCUACUUCACAAUCUCGCGGCAGGAAAUGCCAGCGCUGUCGGAGCGCGCGUCAUCGGAAGCGGGCGUCUUCUUGGUAUCGAAAAAGACACAUCAAAUGACUUUGCUUCUCGCUGCUUAUUACAACUAUUACGGCCCGUCGCACUAUUUCCGGCUAUUGUCGCAAGGCGCACCCGGCGAAGGCGAUAAGGAGACCUUCCUUCACGCUGCAUCUGCUGUCGGAGAACCUUUCUACGCUGUGAGCGAGCGGGUUCAGGCGGUCGGUCACACGAAGCCGGGUGGCAUUGCGGGCUCUGCGAUGGUGCAGACCGACCCAGCGGAGGAUUAUGCGUUGACCAGUGCGGGCAAAUGGCGCGUGCAAGAUGAGUCUGUGGCCAAGGCCCCACGUGCCUUUUUCAUCCACGCCAACUACCCCAAGUUCAAUCCUGGUGAAAAAGUAUUUGGCAUGAAAUGGGAGACCACCCCCACGCUCCGCCCUGAUGGCACGGACGGACGGGCAUGGCUGGUGGCAGAAUCUACCGUCCAGCGAUUUGGAUACGACGUUGAGAAAGCGUAUUGGGAGGAGAUCAAAAACAUCAGUUGCGACCCUGCCAUUAGCUUCCGGACAUGGGAAAGGAAGGAUGAAGUUUGUGAUAGAGUGGAGAGCUACUGGGCGAACGUUUUCGCCGAGCCGCAUGAUGACGACCCCAAGUUCACUGACGAAAGCUGA